AUGUCCUUCCUCGGCAACCUCUUUGGCACCGCCACUCCACCCACGCCGGCGCCCGCGCAGAACGACGAGUUCUCCGCGGCCGCCAACAUCCUCAACCAGACCGAGUUCCGUUCCGCCGUUCCCCCUUCCUCCCCCGCCCCCGCCCCCUCCGAUGCCGACCUCAGCACCCCCGCACCAGUGGCAGCACCCAGCGCCGCCGGCAUGCUGGGGAACCAGUUCGACGUCGCAAAGCUCCACCCCAUGGCCGAGCUGAACGACAACCUCGACUUCCUUGCCCUCGACGAGGACAAGCUCACUGAGAUGGAGGGAGCUGGAUCCGUGCUCCCCUCGCGCGGAUGGACCGACGACCUGUGUGUCGGCACCGGCACCACCUACCUCUCUGGCCUCGCUAUCGGUGGUGCUUGGGGUCUUACCGAGGGCCUGUCCCGGCCACUGGGCGCUAACCCAUCCAUGCGUCUGCGUCUCAACUCGGUCCUUAACUCGUGCACGCGGCGAGGCACGUUUACGGGCAACUCGCUUGGCGUGCUCGCAAUCUACUACAACCUGACCAACUCUGCGAUUGACGCCGUGCGCGAGAAGCACGACCCCAUGAACUCGAUGGCUGCGGGCGCGAUUACGGGCGCUGUGUACAAGUGCACUUCCGGUCUCCGUCCUAUGAUGGUCGGCGCGGUGAUGGGAACCGGCGCGAUGGGCGCGUGGGAGGCGUUCAAGACGUUUGUCUAG